UAAUCAUUCAAAUUUGGCUGGGUGGUUAAUAACACAUUUUUCUGUGGUGUGACAAGCUCAAAACACAUACUUUAAAAUGACUUUACAGGGACUUUAAUGACGGCUUGUCAAAGGGCAGGUUGCCGUUGAGUUGCCGAAGAGCAGUAAUCACUCUUAUUCCAAAGAAGGGGGACCUUACUGACAUUAAGAACUGGCGCCCGGUCUCAUUACUUUGUAGUGACUAUAAACUGCUUUCUAAAGCAUUGGCUAAUAGAUUGGCUGGAGUGUUGGAUCAGGUUAUCCAUCCGGACCAGACUUACUGUGUCCCUGGUAGAUCUAUUUUUGAUAAUGUUUCCUUAAUUAGAGACAUUUUCUAUGUCUCUAAUUUGUUAAAGUUAGAUUGUGGUUUGCUGGCCUUAGAUCAGGAGAAAGCCUUCGACCGAGUUGAGCACUCUUAUUUGUGGAAUGUUUUGGCAGCUUUUGGUUUUUCCCAAAAAUUUGUGGACAUGAUAAGAGUACUUUAUAGUGACGUUCAGAGUACACUAAAAAUUAAUGGUGGUUUAUGUGCUCCUUUUCAGGUUCUUAGAGGGAUUAGACAAGGUUGUUCCUUAUCUGGAAUGUUGUACUCCUUGGCUAUUGAGCCACUACUUCAGCAAAUAAGGAAUAAUUCAUGUGGUUUGUGUUUAACAGAUUGUAACAAAAAUGUUCAUUUGUCAGCCUAUGCUGAUGAUAUUGUAGUGAUUGUCACUAGGCAAAGCGAUGUACAGGUUUUGUUUAACCUAGCUGAAGAUUUUAGAGCACUAUCCUCUGCUAAAAUAAAUUGGAAAAAAAGUGAAGCUGUUUUGUUAGGACGAUGGAUUGAUGGAAAACCUUGCCUUCCGGAUGGGCUGUGUUGGAGUAAGGGAGGUAUAAAAUACUUAGGGGUUUAUUUAGGAGAUGACAGUGUUUUAUAGAAAAAUUGGGAGGGGGUGUUGGACAAAGUUAAAGCACGUUUGGAUAAAUGGAAAUGGUUAUUACCAAACAUGUCUUAUAGAUGGCGUGCUCUCAUUGCUAAUAAUUUAGUGGCGUCGUCUCUUUGGCACAGGUUGGCAUGUGUUGACCCUUCGCCAAAACUUUUAGCUGAAGUUCAAGCGGUUCUUGUGAACUUGUUUUGGGACAAAUUACAUUGGGUCCCACAGAGUGUUUUGUACCUCCCCAAGGAAGAAGGUGGGCAAGGUUUAAUUCACUUGCAAAGUAGAACUGCUGCUUUUCGUUUACAGUUCCUGCAGCGUUUUUUGGACGGUUCAACAGAUUGUAGCUGGCGUGCUAUCAGCUGCACAAUUUUGCAUACCCUUGGUGGUUUUGGACUGGACAAAUCCCUCUUUUUAAUGGACCCUAGGAAACUGGAUUUAUCGGAUUUGCUGUUUUUUUUAUCGGAAUCUGUUCAAAGUGUGGAGCCUCUUUCGUGUUAAGACUGAUAAUUCUUACUCUCUCUACUGGCUGCUACAGGAACCAUUGAUCUGUGGGGCCCGGUUGGAUAUGACUACACAUUGAAACUUACCGGGGUUUAGUACCUCCCUUCAGGCUUCUAGGGUUUUCACUUUGGAACACUUACUGACUUUAACUGGACCUUAUUUUAAGUGUGUGGAGGCAACAUCCAAGGUUUUGGGAAUUAGAUCUGUUCAUUUGUUAACUCAGUUUUUGGUUAAACUUAAUUCAUGUCUUACAGUUGAUGAAGACCAUUUGUUGAAGGACUUCUUUACAGGGAGUGUUUUUCCUGAUAUUGAGGACCGGAUCCUUUUCCCUGUUUAGUUGUUAAGCCUGAUCUUGCUGACAGUUUUAAUUUUUUGUCAUGUGAUUCUUUGUCCUUGGAUUUCUUGUCAUGUGUAGGAAAAAAACUGUAUAGAGCAUGUGUUUUAGUGUUUAAUAAGAAGCUUUUUGACAGAAAAUUUGACACACCAUGGCGUUCUGUUCUUAAACUGGGCAACGAUGUAAAACCUGAAUGGAGAUCUCUAUAUAAACCACCAUUAUCAAAGAGGGUAGGUGAUAUACAAUGGAGAAUUCUCCAUGGUGCCAUUGCUGUGAAUUCUUUUAUUUCUGUGUUGAAUCCGGAAGUCAGUCCUGAAUGCCCAUUUUGUAUGCAAAGAGAAACUGUGUUUCAUGCUUUUAUGUUUUGUACUAGGUUAGAGCCUUUAUUUAUUAAGUUAAAAGAAUUGUUUUUUAAAUUUAAUGAAGGGUUUUCUAUGGAAACGGUCAUUUUGGGUUUCAAAUAUUUCCAGAAAAAACGUUUUAUCUGUCAGUUGUUGAAUUUUGUUUUAGGACAAGCUAAAUUGGCUAUGUAUAUUAGUCGUAAAAAUAAGAUUGAACAAAAGUCUAGUGAUGAUGUUAUGCUGUGUUUUGUAUCUUUUAUUAAAUCAAGAGUGUUGGUUGACUUUCAGUUUUAUAAAGCAAUGAAUGAUCUUUCCACUUUUGAGCAAAUAUGGUGUAGCCAUGGUGCUUUGUGUGCAGUACAUGAAGGUGUUUUGUUUUUUUUCUAGAGUUUUAAGAUUUAUUAUUAUUAUCAAUUGCUAAUGUGCUAUUGUUGAUUGUAUGGUUUGGUUAACCCAUUUGUGUUAAGGUUUUAUGGUGUAUUUGUAACAAAGCUUUUUUCAAAAUCAAAUCAAAUCUCUCUCUCUCUCUCUCUCUCUCUCUCUUUCUCACAAAUAGAAAGUGAAAGUAAGUUAGAGUUCAUCUGUCACCAUUUUAAGCAGGUAAAAUACGAAUACGAGCGUCAAAGUGUUUAAUAGAAACAUUUAUCAAAGUUUAUGCAGGAAUUUCCAUGUAUCUUUAUGAUGUUAAAGCUGGAGGAUUUGAGAACCUGUAACUUGUGAAAGUUUGAUCAAGAGUCAGUGGAGGAGAUCAAACUCAUCAGAUUCUCCUGCAGCUUCAUCAUGGGUGAUUCACAAGGAUCCAGAGAUGGAGAUUUUUCUCCAGGAUGCAGUUCAGUCCAGCAGAAGAGCUCAAACCCAGAGUCCAGCUGUGUGUCUCUGAAGAGUAACUGCUCUAUGGGCGAGCCAAUAAAGUUUAAGAGUGGAAACACACAGCCUGAUCUCAGGUCAAAUCUUUUAUCCAGUCCAGUUAAAAACAAAACUGUGAUUCAACCACAAGACUUUAAUGAAAGCAUGAAUCCUGGUUUCAGCCGUGACUCUAAACCUGAGGUCUUAAACACACUGAGAUCAAAUCUGAGAAAGAAGUUUGAGUGUUUGUAUGAGGGAAUAUCAAAGCAGGGAAACCCAACACUCCUGAAUGAGAUCUACACAGAGCUCUACAUCACAGAGAGUGAAAGUGGAGAGAUCAAUAAUGAGCAUGAGGUGAGACAGAUUGAGACACAGUCCAGGAGAGCAGAAACAGAGGACACACCGAUCAAAUGCAGUCACAUCUUCAGACCUUUACCUGGACAAGGCAAACCCAUCAGAACUGUGCUGACAAAGGGAGUCGCUGGCAUUGGAAAAACAGUCUCUGUGCAGAAGUUCAUCCUGGACUGGGCUGAAGGGAAAGAGAAUCAGGACGUCCAGCUCAUAUUUCCUCUUCCUUUCAGAGAGCUCAACUUGAUGAAGGACAAAACACUCAGUCUUUCAGAUCUUCUUCAUGACUUUUUCCCUGAAACAAAAGAAAUGGAAAUAUCCAGUGAUCAGUAUAAAGUUUCCUUCAUCUUUGAUGGUCUGGAUGAGUGUCGUCUGUCUCUGGAUUUUCAGAGCGAUGUGAGGUUGUGUGAUGUGACUGAAUCAGCCUCAGUGGACGUGCUGCUGACGAACCUCAUUGUGGGGAAUCUGCUUCCCUCUGCUCUCAUCUGGAUCACCUCCAGACCAGCAGCAGCUGAUCUCGUCCCCUCUGAGUGUGUCCAUCGAGUGACAGAGGUACGAGGCUUCAGUGACCCACAGAAGCAGGAAUACUUCAGGAAGAAAAUCAGUGAUCAGAGUCUGUCCGACAGGAUCAUCUCACACCUGAAGUCAUCAAGGAGCCUCUUUAUUAUGUGUCACAUCCCAGUGUUCUGCUGGAUCUCAGCCGCUGUUCUGGAGAAGAUGUUGAGUGAAGCAGAGAGAGGAGAGAUUCCCAAGACUCUGACUCAAAUGUACACAUACUUCCUGAUCCUUCAGACCAACAUCAAACAUGAGAAGGACUAUGAGAAGAAAGUGAAAGAUGAAGACAUGAUUGUCAAACUGGGGAAACUGGCAUUUCAGCAGCUUAAGAAAGGCAACCUGAUCUUCUAUGAGGAAGACCUGAGCGAGUGUGGCAUUGAUGUGACAGAAGCAUCAGUGUACUCAGGAUUGUGCACUCAGAUCUUCAGAGAGGAGUUGGGCUUGUAUCAGGGGAAAGUCUUCUGCUUUGUUCAUCUGAGCAUUCAGGAACAUCUAGCAGCUCUAUAUGUGCAUCUCUCCUUUAUAAACAAGAACAUCAAUGUGUUUGACCAGAUUACCAAACCAACUAAAGCUUCACUAUCUGACCUCCAUCAGAGAGCUGUGGAUGAGGCUUUAGACAGUAAAAAUGGGCAUCUGGACCUUUUCCUUCGUUUCCUUCUGGGUCUGUCAGUGGAGUCUAAUCAGAGUCUCUUACAAGAACUAAAGACACAGACAGGAAACCGCUCUCACAACAAUGAGGAAACAGUUGACUAUAUCAAAGAGAAGAUCAGUGAGAAUCCCUCUCCAGAUAAAUACAUCAAUCUGUUUCACUGUCUGAAUGAACUGGGUGAUCUUUCACUAGUGAAUGAAGCUCAACCUCAUAUGAAGUCUGGAGGAUUACGUAAUGUGAAACUCUCCUCAUCUCAGUGGUCAGCUUUAGUUUUUGUGUUGUUGAGCUCAGAGGAGACAAUGAAGGAGUUUCACCUGAGAGUCUUAAUUGGAGUCAAAACUGAUCAUGUUGCAGUAAAUACAGCAGAUGAAGUUCUUCAGAAGAUGCUGCCUGUGGUUACAGCAACUAGAACAGCUGUGUUGAUGGAUUGUGGUGUCACAGAUGAAGGUUGGGCUGCUCUGGCUUCAGCUCUGAGAUCAAACCCCUCACACCUGAGAAAACUGGAUCUGACUAAGAAUAAACUAGGAGUCUCGGGAGUGAAACUGUUUUCUGCUGGACUGGAGAAUCCUCACUGUAAACUGGAGGAUCUGGGGUUGAGUUAUUGUGGUGUCACAGAUGAAGGUUGUGAUGCUCUGGCUUCAGCUCUGAGAUCAAACCCCUCACACCUGAGAAAACUGGAUCUGACUAGGAAUAAUCUAGGAGACUCGGGAGUGAAGAUGAUUUCUGCUGUACUGGAGAAUCCUCACUGUAAACUGGAGACACUGAGGUUGGGUGAUUGUGGUGUCACAGAUGAAGGUUGUGCUGCUCUGGCUUCAGCUCUGAGAUCAAACCCCUCACACCUGAGAGAACUGAAUCUGACUAGGAAUAAUCUAGGAGACUCGGGAGUGAAGAUGAUUUCUGCUGUACUGGAGAAUCCUCACUGUAAACUGGAGAAGCUACAGUUGAGUUUUUGUGAUGUCACAGAUGAAGGUUGUGCUGCUUUGGCUUCAGCUCUGAGAUCAAACCCCUCACACCUGAGACAACUGGAUCUGACUUGGAAUGAUCUAGGAGACUCGACAGUGAAGCUGUUUUCUGCUGUACUGGAGAAUCCUCACUGUAAACUGGAGGAUCUGGGGAUGAUGUAUUGUAGUGUCACAGAUGAAGGUUGCGCUGCUCUGGCUUCAGCUCUGAGAUCAAACCCCUCACACCUGAGAGAACUGAUUCUGUCUGGGAAUAAACUAGGAGACUCAGGAGUGGAGAUGAUUUCUGCUGUACUGGAGAAUCCUCACUGUAAACUGGAGACACUGUGGUUGUGGGAUUGUGGUGUCACAGAAGAAGGUUGUGAUGCUCUGGCUUCAGCUCUGAGAUCAAACCCCUCACACCUGAGAUAUCUGGAUCUGUCUGAGAAUUAUCUAGGAGACUCAGGAGUGAAGCUGCUCUCUGAUCUGAAGGAUGAUCCACAUUAUAAACUGGAGAUACUAAUCACAUGACAGUCUGAUCUCCUCAUGUUCAUCUGAUGGUGAAUAAGGAUCCACUACAGAGACUCACAGUCAACAGAAUCAACAGACUGAAGAUACAGUGACUUCACUGUUAUAAAUUAAGAUUCAUUUAGAUUUCAACGAUCCUCUGACAGACCUGAUGAGGCGGCAGUGAAGCACCUUUUAUUUCAGAGCAACAAAUUACAGUUUCUCAUUCAUUGAUUAACCAUUUUAUUUGUAUAAACACAGUAUAAAUUCAAAAAGGCUGAAGUUUUGUUACAGAGAAAAUAUAGAGCCUGAAUAUAUUUGUGUUUGUUUUACCAGCAGAGGGAGACAAAGACUAAUGAAAGAUAAAUUUUUCAUAAUUAUGGAGAGAGAGAGAAAAAACAGUUCAAGCUCACUUUUGGAAUACAAACUAUAGUUUUAUUACAGUUAUAGUUGUAUUACAUUUGUAUUAAUGUAUUUAGUAUGUCUUUAUAAAAUAAUUAAUGGUGGUAGCAUUCAAUAAAGUGUUGACUCAUAGGCACAAUAUCAAUAUGUGGGAUUGUUGGAUUAAAAUAUGAUAUCCAAAAACCACUAGAUCAGUGUUAUAUAUUUUGUUGACUUGUGUACUUACAUUAUCCCAGAUGUUUCCAAGAAUGCUUAAAUCCAGAGAAAUAAGUAAUUUUAAUCAGUACACGGACCAUGUGUCGCUUAUCAAUGACAUCAUACCUGCGUUACCCUUGAUUUUGUAGAAACCAUGAACACACCAAAGACACUUUAAUAUAUCAUGUGUUUUAGUUUUCUGUCAAUGAAUGCAUCCAAACAGUUGUUCCCUUGUCUGAUAUGAAAAGUUUUAUUUUUGACAGAAAACUAAUUAUUGUUAUAUAGCUCAACACGUUUAGUCUUAUUGUUUAAAUCUAUUUUACUCGAUUUUCCGCAAGUACCAUGUUUUUAAUCAUGCCUCAGAGAAAAACACUAUUUUGUCAAGUAGCUAACAUAGCUUACAGCAUAAUUAUUUUUUUCUCCAUCAUAAAAUACGCUUUAAAAUGUAUUGCCAUUUAUCAACACAAGCCAUCCAG